AUGUCAUCUACACCAACCCUCGGAGACCUUCAAUCUGGCUGUCAGGCUUGGAGAGAUGAUGUUUUGAACAUCUAUCACUAUGUGCCCUCGCUAGCCGCCGGUGUUGUCUUUACAAUCCUCUUUCUACUCUCCGCGGCCGGACACUUGGCCCGCUUCUGGAUGGUAAGAGUCAUACCUUCUGCCCUUCUUGCUAUCGGUGCUAUCCUCGAGCUCGUUGGCUGGGCUGCUCGUAUCUGGUCCUCAAAGUGCCCUUACAAUGACUCAGCUUUCAAGACACAAGUCACCUUACUCGUUAUUGGACCGGUGUUCUUUACAGCUGCUAUCUAUCUCUUCCUCAGCCAAUUGAUUCGCCACUACGGAGAACAGUACUCCCUGCUGAAGCCCAAGGCGUACCUCUGGACAUUCAUUACGGCUGAUGUGGUGUCCUUGCUUAUCCAGGCCGCCGGUGCAGGUAUCGCGUCAUCUCAAUUGAGCAAGCCCGAUGGCAGUGCCAAGCAUGGUUCAGACGUCGUUGCAGGUGGUAUGAUUUUUCAGAUUGUCGCCAUGACCGUAUUCGUUGUUUGCUUUGCAGUCUUUCUCAAGCGGAUGUAUGCUUCCCUUUCGAUGAGGGGCAUCCGACGCAAGGACAAUUUCCUAAUUGCCUCCAUCAUCUUCAGCUUGAUCGUUAUCUAUAUUCGAAACAUCUUUCGCGCUAUCCAGAUGAAGCAGGGAUUUACCAGCAAUCUUUUUAUCCAUGAACGAUACUUUAUCGCCCUUGAUGGUGUUAUGAUGUUCCUUGCCGUUGCUGUCUUCAAUGUGGUUGAUUUUCUUCCUGCCCCUGAGAAAUUGGAGCAAUUGCCUUCUGGUGGGUCAGAGAGUCAGCCGCACGAGUUGAGGGAGAAUGGUGGAAAGUGA